GGCAUUGCUCCUCGACACUUCGGACCCACAUCGAGCCGAAUCCCGGACAGAAAGCAAGCCACACCCCUGCGAGGGAUACCGAGUCGUUGCACAGGUCGCCGAUCAAUAUCCCAUGCCUUGUCUUGACGGUCUGGCCUGGCAUCUUCAAAACAACUGACACACCUGGUGGCAAUGGCAAUGUAUGCUGAGCCUAAUGCGAUGCUGAGACAUGUCCCUCGCAGGAUGGUCAUGCAUCUCGUGCAGUCCCGAGCAGAACAGCCGAUCAAAGCAACCAGAUGCUGUGCGGAUCCCACGAGCGACUUGCUUUCCUCUUUCCUUCCACAAACCCCUUGGAAGUCGGCCGGCCUGGCUGCCCCAGUUGUCUUUGCGGUCUUGGCAGUGCUGCCCAAGUGUAUAUGCUUCGUCGCGGCAACGAGCCAUAUGUUCCCACACCACAUAAAUAGGCUCGCUCCAUCCCUCGGCCAUGACGCUCGCCAGCCGCAAAAGCCUCAUCCUACCCCAAACAAGCCAAGUCCGGCUCGCUCCUUUCCAAGUCCGUUCUUUGGUGCCUCAUUGCCGAUUCCUCCGACAAGCCCUUUCAAAUGUCUGGCGCCUACAAAACCCCGAUUGUCUUGCUUGCGGCUCUCGCCCUUCUUCUGCCAGCGUGCUUGGCCUGGCAGCUCGACGUUGUUCUCUACGAAGAUAUCAACUAUGGCGGACGAGCUGUCGACUUUCAGGUCCAUGACAGUCUCAAGUGCUAUAAUAUCCAUGAAUGCUUUAAUGACCAAAUGUCCAGCUUCAAAAUCACGGCCAGCUGCGAUAUUCCCACUGGCAUGUAUCUCGUCCUGGCUGCCGAUAUCCAAUGCCCCUGGAACGACUGGAGCGACUUUUGCACUGCGGACAACUCGCAAGAUCUCACCGCGUACGUCAACCUCGUGGCCUGCCAGACGGUUUCCGUCCCCUGGGUCGGCUCGUGCUUGAACGAUCAAGUCAGCGCCUUUAUCAUUCUCGAAGACUGGCAGAGCAACCUCUGGUGGAACUCUGGCCAGUACACGUUCGGCUGCUGAGCGCCCUGUCUGUCCCUGUGCUAUGCAACGUGAAUACAGUCAGUUCAGAGUGCCGUUAUGACCGUCGAUACCUGCCUCGUUCGUUUUGACGGU